UUUUGUAUAGAACAGGAUUAUUAAAUAUGGAGGAUUAUAGAAUAACCUUUUGCAAUUGGACGCUUGAGAAGAUCAAAAACCUUGAUAUGUUCAAGCAGUCGGUCAACCUUACAUUUCGAGGGAAGACUCAUUUCUCAAAUACUUUGGGAGCUUUGUCCACUCUAGUGGCUUGCCUAACUCUGCUUGGCUAUGGAAUAGUGCUUUUUAGAAUAAUGUUCAAGAGAACCAAUGUGAGCUGGAAUCAUAACUCAGUGUAUACCAAUUUGGCAGAAGACCAUUCUGGAACAAUCUGGGGAGAAGAUGAUCCUGAAUUCAAGGUUUUCUGGUCAGCUUUGGAUACAAAUAGUUUACCAGAAGGCUAUGAAAUGGAGCAACUAGGAAUUUCAAAUUUUUAUUCUUUUUCUUCAGACAAUAAAAAUAAUGUAAGUUGAGCUAACAGCUUUUAUACUGUUCAUGACAAAAUGUAUCCAAAUGGAGAAGUCACUCCUAGUUGACCUCAACUUGCAGGCCAAACAUUACAAGGACGUUUUGGUUCGGGACAGAAUUAUAGAGAUCUGACUUUUAAAUUUGAACCAUGCAUGGAGUAUGAAGACCAUCCAUGUGUUCCUCAGAAUGAAAUGGCUCCAAUACUCAAGAGAUCAACUGUAAUGAUUCAUUUGAUGAACAGAUAUGUUGAUUUGAAUGAUAUUGACAAUCCAAUCAAGAAGUUUUAUGAUGAUGAAAUCUUCUUGAAUUUCAAGCAAAAUAAAAAUCUCAAGGUUGAAUUGAAGAUGAGACAACAUGAAGUAAUUCUGGAGGAUGGUCUGUUUCCAACUUUUUCCGACCCAGACCCAAUUUAUUUCAAUAGCAUUGAGGAUUACUCUCUUACAGAAGAAGAAGUAGAAGAUCCUGGAUAUUUUUGGGGAACUAUAAGUGUUAGGAUCAGAAAGGACAGCCAGAUAGACCAGCACAGAAGAAAAGUCCUCAACUUCCUCGAAGUCACAGGAAUUCUAGGAGGUUUCUUUGAGGUCUUCGAAAUUGGAAUCGGAGUUAUCAUUGGCCUCUACUCUUCUCAUAUGUUUAAGAAAAGUUUGCAUGAUGAUAUAAGAAAGUAUGAAGAGAAGUUCAAAGAGAUGGAUAGUUGCAUUACAAAAUUAGAGAGCAAAAUUCAGAAGAGCAAUCAGAGACAGCAAGAAAACAAUCUCAGUAGAGCAGCUCCUCCAGCUAAGCUUAGGAAGAAAAGUCAAUUGAAUGUUAGUAAUAUAAACUAUGAGCCAGACAACGAAGAUGAAGAACUGAAAAUUCUUGAAGAGGUUAAGCAAAGAGUAAACAAUGAAGAAAGUAAAGAUUUCAACAUGGAGCCUGAUGUCGUUGAAGAAAGAAAAAUAGAGUAUACUCGCACAAAAUUUCCAACAUUUGGACUUCCUACAUUCGGACUUCUAUCCCAGCAAGGAGAAGAUGAGGAAAAUGAUGAAGGUUACAAAUAGCUCAAGAUGCUGCCCAAAGUUCAUGGGUGCUUCGAAAACAGAUAUGGAAGUAGAAAGGAUGAAGGAAUCAUUAGGUUGUCUAAAUAUCAUCUAUAUGAUCAAGGUACUUAGAAGACAGAUGCAAUACCUCCUCCUCAGAGACCCUGACUACCAGACCCACCUAGAAUCCAACCCUGGCCUCCACUUCGACCACGCCUCUCAGCCCUCCUACAAAUUUCCCCAGCCAGACUCAGUAGUCGCCUUGGCAAGGGCAAGACCUGAACGGGUCUUGCCCUAUUGUGACAUUUCUUAGAGUGAUUUUGAUAAGGCAGGAUAGAGGAAGGGGGUUAGAUUGGAUGAGUAAUUAGUCGAUUAAAAGGGGAAAUUUAUUUGAUGUUUUUGAUGGUUAAAUCUGGGUUCAGAGGUUAUGAAUGAUCAAGUCUCUGUUUCCUCAUCUUAUACUGCAUCUUCUUGCUGAAGGCUUAAGCUGAAGUGUACUUCAAAGAAAGCAGAGCUAUUAGAAUUAUCUUCA